GCGUUAUCUUCCCAGCUCAGUGCCUGGCCAAGGGGCUUCCUGCUCUCCAGAAGUCCACACAGGGCAGGUUCAACCAUGUUCUAGGCCUGUGGUGAGGGGCUUGUCGGCUUAGUGCCUUGGGAAAGAAAGGCAGGAGGAUGCCCACCCUCGGUGGCGGACCCCGGACCUGUCUCCUGCCCUGUCCCGGCUCUCUUUCCUAGUCUGUCUGUCUGUCUGUACCCCUAUUGCUCAUUCUCCUUUUUGCAGAGACCUGCAGGCUGAGGGGCAGAGAGUGGCCUGGAGGGGUAGUGGGGAGCCCCAUACGCCCAGGAGAGAGGCCAUGGCAGGGCCUGGGGCUGCCAGUGAAGAUGAAGUUUCUCAGUAGGAGUUCCUCGUGUCUUCUCCCCACUGGAGGCCUCAGACAGACUCCACCCCCUCCCAGCCCCUAGGCCUCCAGGUGAAGAUCAUGACCGAGAGGGAGCUCCUGGCCGUGGCCUGCGAGCAGUUCCUGGGCAAGAGCGUGCAGGACAUCAAGAACGUAGUCCUGCAGACCCUGGAGGGGCACCUGCGCUCCAUCCUCGGGACCCUGACAGUGGAGCAGAUUUAUCAGGACCGGGACCAGUUUGCCAAGCUGGUGCGGGAGGUGGCAGCCCCCGACGUCGGCCGCAUGGGCAUCGAGAUCCUCAGCUUCACCAUCAAGGACGUGUAUGACAAAGUGGACUAUCUGAGCUCCCUGGGCAAGACGCAGACCGCUGUGGUGCAGAGAGAUGCCGACAUCGGAGUGGCCGAGGCUGAGAGGGAUGCAGGCAUCCGGGAAGCCGAGUGCAAGAAGGAGAUGCUGGACGUGAAGUUCAUGGCAGACACCAAGAUCGCUGACUCCAAGCGAGCCUUCGAGCUGCAAAAGUCAGCCUUCAGUGAGGAGGUCAACAUCAAGACGGCUGAGGCCCAGCUGGCUUACGAGCUACAAGGGGCCCGUGAGCAGCAGAAGAUCCGGCAGGAAGAGAUUGAGAUAGAGGUCGUGCAGCGCAAGAAGCAGAUCGCAGUGGAGGCGCAGGAGAUCCUGCGCACAGACAAGGAGCUCAUAGCCACAGUGCGCUGCCCUGCCGAGGCCGAGGCCCACCGCAUACAGCAGAUCGCCGAGGGCGAGAAGGUGAAGCAGGUCCUCUUGGCACAGGCAGAGGCUGAGAAGAUCCGCAGAAUCGGGGAGGCGGAGGCAGCCGUCAUCGAGGCGAUGGGCAAGGCAGAGGCUGAGCGGAUGAAACUCAAGGCUGAGGCCUACCAGAAAUACGGGGACGCAGCCAAGAUGGCCUUGGUGCUGGAGGCCCUGCCCCGGAUUGCUGCCAAAAUCUCCGCCCCCCUGACCAAAGUCGAUGAGAUUGUGGUCCUCAGUGGGGACAACAGCAAGGUGACCUCAGAGGUGAACCGACUGCUGGCCGAGCUGCCUGCCUCUGUGCAUGCCCUCACGGGCGUGGACCUGUCUAAGAUACCACUGAUCAAGAAGGCCACUGGUGCACAGGUGUGAGGUCCCGAAGGCUCACACGUUCAGCAGCCACCGCCCCCUCUUCAGCACCCGUUUUAGUACCACAGGGACAACGGGAACGUUACUGACCCUGGUGCCUUAUUUUGUAGGGACCAGGAGUGCUGCGUGUUCGGGCCUCUGGCUGUCUUCCCUUCUCCCCUGUCCUCCUGUCCUCUACCCCACACCCUCAUUUUCACUGCCACAUUUGUCUGGUUUGUCUCUUCCGCCCUUAUCUCCCUGUACGUUUCUUCCUUUGUCUGUCUGUCUUUUUCUCUCCCCUCUCCUGCCAUCCUCUACACACGUCAUGUAGUUUAAGCUGAAGAUGUUGAGUAUAGUCACUGUCUGUCUGCUGGGGGGCGGCCCUGCUGCUCCUCAGAAUCCUGGUGCCUUGAAGUUUUCUGUGCAGCUGUCCAUUUCCCCUGUGGCCCCAGCCAGAGCUUCAGCAUGGGUGCAGGGAUUCUGGGUAGGACCGCCACCCUGCCCUCUCCUCUCCUGGCCUGGUCCCUGCCCCCAGGCAGCCCCCAGCCUCGCACACUCUGGCCCUUCUCGGCCCAGGUUAUCUGUGGCUGCAGGCCCAGGGCCAGCGCCAUUCACUAACCCUGUGCCCAGCCCCAGGCCUGCUCUCAUACCUUACCUCUUUCUCCCCCGCCCAGGGGCACGGAGGGAAGGCCUCCUGUGUAGAGCAGCUCCCUCAGUUUACUACUGCCUUAGGAGGCCCCUGCUUGUGCUCAGGGAAGUCCCCUUCAUGGACAUGUCCCUACUAGGUGGAGUGGGGCUUGGUCCCAACUCUGCUAAGCCCUUCUGGGAUCAGGAUCUAGCCCUUCUGGAGACUAGAAAGUGUAGAGACCCUCUUCCUACUAGGGCUGUACUGUCCUGGGUGUCGGGCUGGGCCCUUCCAGUGGGCAAAGCUAUGCCACCCUAUACAGAAUCCAGUGCUGUAGACUGGCCAGACUCCACACCCCUUGUGCCAGCUUUCUUCCUGGCCAGAGUGAUUAGGUUCCAGCCAUGGGGAAGCAGCCCAGUCCUCUGUGUCCUUGCUCCAGUGGAGGCAGAGGAGCCCAGGACCCAAGCAUUCUGGCAGGGGUGCUGUGGGUGUCCUGUGGUCCCAGUCCCCCACCCCUUGCCCUGCCCCAGCCUGUGUAGCUGUUCCUGCAUGUGGAUGCUGCAUGUGUGGUCUGGGGCUUGGAUGCUGCACUGCCCCGCUGCCUGUCCCUUCUGGUAAAAUAAAGAUCUGGUUAUGCCCA